GGGGGAAGGUCGUCAGAUGCAACAUUCACAUACAGUUGGUUUUCUUCAUAAGCAUCUAGUUCGUGGUUGUGGCCAGUGGAAAAAAAACAUUAAUGAAAUGGACUCGUCCGUAAGUUCAUAAAGAAUAAAACUAUGAAAAGCAAAUAUAUUUAAAGUCAUUCGAAAAGAAUACACACGGUAUCGUCAUGAAAAUGAAUUUAUGGAAUAUUCGUUAGUGAAGAAACAUGAGAAGAAAGGAUAUUUUCGUUGUCAGAAAGAGACUGAGCGAUAUUGACAAAUAAAUAUUUUGUAGGAAAUCAUGUAACGUGUGUCGUACCAUGGCAACCGCAACGGAAGAUAUAAUAUGUGGCAGUUUCGUGUUUUAUAACAACUUUGACUCUGCCAAUUUAGCCAAGGUUGAACAGGUCAAAAGAAGCGAGACAACUGACAAUGAUGGUUGCGAGAAUGAGGGUAAAUCCUGUAAAAGUGUAGAUUCCGAAGAAGCACCGGACUAUGAGUUUAAUGUGUGGACUAAGCACGAUUGCCAUGGAACUGAAUUUCAAAAUUCCAACAGGACCUGGUUUCAUUUUGGCGUCAAAGCAAGUGUGCAGGGUGCUUAUGUUAAGAUCAAUGUGGUAAAUCUUAAUAAACAGGUGAAAAUGUUUAGUCAGGGUAUGUGUCCAGUAUACAAAACCAUACCAGGUCAUCCUCAGUGGGAAAGAAUACGAGAGAAGCCUACCUACAGUUUGGAUCACAAAGGUAGUGAAUUCACACUAUCGUUUGUAUACCGUACAUCUGAAAAUCCUAAGGCCAUCACUUACAUCGCUUUCACCUAUCCAUUUACGUACACUGAUCUUCAGCAAUAUUUGAAAAAGAUUGGUACUAAAAUGAUUAAAAAAAAUACAGUCACUGCGGAUGAUAUCUAUUAUCAUAGAGAGUGUGCUACAACGUCAUUGGAAGGACGCAGACUCGACCUACUCACUAUAAGCUCGCAUCACAACAUAUCCACGGAGAGAGAGGAUAGGCUGAAAAAUAUGUUUCCAGAAAAGAACGAGGAGAGGCCUUUUAAAUUUAAGGGAAAGAAGGUCAUUUUUGUAAGCGCACGGGUCCAUCCAGGCGAGACGCCUUCAAGUUUUGUUUUUAACGGUUUCCUCAACUUACUACUGACUCAAGAUGAUCCAAUGGCGAUCAAUCUACGUCGUCUAUAUGUGUUCAAAAUGAUUCCGAUGCUCAACCCUGAUGGUGUGGUCAGAGGUCAUUAUCGGAUGGAUACAAGGGGUGUGAACUUAAAUAGAGUGUAUCUUAAUCCUUCAGUAAAGAAUCAUCCGACAAUAUACGCUGCAAGAGCUUUAAUCAGAUACUAUCAUUACUGUUAUGAAUUACCAGACGAAAUGGAAUCGGAAAAAGAAUUUGAAAAUAUUAGCUUAGACGUGAACAGUGGUAGUGCAUCAGAUAUAAAUGAAUCUUUACUAAACGUAAUUAAAGAUACAACAAAUAAGUUACUCCAACAGGUGACGUCAAUGACGCUUGAUGAAAAAAACAUAGGCGAAUCAGAAUCCAAACGCAGUUGCGAAUCUUCCAAAGAAAUUACAAAAAUUAAUCUGCACGCAGAAGGUGAAGACCUUUCUCGUACCGUAGAACAAAGCAUCGAAAAUUCAGCGGAUGCAUGCAACAAAAAAGAUGCUACUGCAGUCCGACAAGUAAAAGUGCAACCUGAAGAUUCUGGACUGUUCUUAUACAUUGACCUACAUGGUCACGCCUCGAAGAAGGGCGUCUUCAUGUACGGCAACUAUUUCGAUGACCCUGAAGAUACAAUAAUGUGCAUGUUACUUCCGAAAUUGAUGUCCAUCAAUAAUCCUAAUUUUCACUUCACCUCCUGCAACUUUGCUGAAAGAAAUAUGUAUCUUAUUGACAAGCGUGACGGUAUGUCACGAGAAGGAUCAGGUCGAGUGGCGGUACAUAAAUUGACAGGACUUGUUCGCAGCUACACUUUAGAGUGUAAUUACAAUUCGGGAAGACUGGUCAAUUCCAUACCAGCAAAGAUUCGUGAUGGAUCUAAUAAAAAUCAGGCGCAUAUGUUCGUCCCGCCUAAAUAUACACCGGCAGUGUUCGAAGAGGUUGGCGCAGCACUAGGUCCAUCGAUUCUUGAUAUGACGAAUAAUAAUCCAAACAGCCGACUACCCAAUAGCCAAUAUCGUUCACUGAGAGGCGUAAGAACCUACUUGAAAUUAACGUACGUGAACAAUUUUACAGCCUCGUUCAACAAGCCGCUAAAUAAGAAUGCUACUACAACUACAGCACAGGAUACAGUACUGGUUGAAGCACUUGGACCAAAACUGGGUUGUGUUCCUGAGGAUGAUGGAAGCAGCUUGUCUACGAGUGAAUUGAACCCUGUUAAGAGGACAAGUAAAGCACGUCGGCCAACGAGUCUUUACACAGUUGUAAAGAGGAUAAAGAGCACUAAGAAGCCAAGGCAGAUUGUCAAUUCGAAAACUUCAAAGAGUCAGGCUGGCAACAAUAUGGAGACCAUAGCCAUGGUAGUGCCUGGGAUAGGCAUUAAGAAGAAAUUAUUUAAACCAUCAGAUUACUAUCCUGCAGCGACAAGGAAUCUUGAGAAUAUUAGAUCUGUUUUCCCAGCUCCGUUAAAAUGGCAUAAGCGUCCUGGGAGAAAAUUGGCUCUUAAUAAUGUUAUUAAAAAAACGAUACAAACUGAGCAAACAAGCAUUAUUAAACAGGGCACUAAAAGAUUGAAGGUAGUGUCUCCUAAACUUUCAAAAACUCGUCCAGAGAUUGGAGAGUCAUCGAAGGCAUCCAGUUUGGAGAAAACAACAUCCAAGGCAUCAUCGAAAGCUUUGUUCUUGUGUAACAAGCAAAGUGCAAAGAGUGCUUUCGGCAGGGCCAGAAAGCAAUGCAUGAAGAUCGAACAGACAAAAUCAAACAAGUCUUCCAAGAUUAAAGCAAAGAAUUUAAACCAAUUAGUUAAUGAUAAAUCAUUGAACCAUGAUCUGGCUAGAUCAGAAAUCAUUGAUUGAGAUCUGGAUUUAUGGAACUUCACACAAGUUCGUUUUUAAUAUUUAAUGGGAAUUAUUAUAAAAUUACUUGUUCCUCAUAUUGUUCUAUGUGUCAAUAACAUCUGAGAUGUAAUUAUUGACGUUUCUAUUUAUAUUGAAAAUCAGACGGAUUUUGAUAAUCGGAAUAGCUAUGUAUGAAUCUAUAUAUAUAUACAUAUACACUUCUCAGAGAAAUGGAGCAACGCUCAUCGUUUUUUACCGGAAUUACGUAUAUUCCAAUAAAGCCAGAAUAAUCAAUAAAACCACAAUCCCGUCGGAAUUAUAUUUCUUUGAUCUCAAAGCAGACAUCUUGUUACCGAAACUGUUUCUACAAACGCCAAGGCAUGUGGUCCAUUUGUUACAUCGUAUCGAGUUUAAUAUAAUAUAUAUUACAUAUAAAAACUAUAUACUAUUUCCAAGAGUGCACUGCUCGCUGUAUAAAAAUAAAUUUCUUAAAUACAAUAUACAUCCAAUAAAAAA